GGCGGGGAGUUGCGGCCGGAGCGCUCGGGCAGCGCUCGGUCCCGUCGAUGGGCAGCGAGCGGCCGCGCUCGGCUCCGGGAGCCCGGCGGGGCGGGGGGGGGCGCUGAGCGGCGGGGCGGGACGGGCCCCCCCGGCACGGAGCGGAGCGGAGCGGCAGCGAGCGGCCCGGGGGGAUGCCCCGCUGCGGGCACCGGGGGUAGCCCGGCCGGUGCAUGGCACAGCUAUGGAGGUGGUGGACGAGACGGAGGCUCUGCAGCGGUUUUUUGAAGGCCACGACAUUAAUGGAGCUCUGGAACCAUCGAACAUCGACACCAGCAUCCUGGAAGAGUACAUCAGCAAGGAGGACUCGCCAGAUAUCUGUUUCCCUGACAUCCCCGCGCACCCCCAGCCCUCCAGCUCGACCCCCAUCACCGCGCCUCUCGCCAGCUCCAUCUCCAAUGUGACCAACCCCUCUCCCAGCGGUUCCCUCCACCUUCCGCCCCCGGGCAACCAGCUCCCAGUCCGACAUGGGCCUCAUCUGGCCAACCCUUGUGGACCCGCCUACGGUGCUCACCUCAACUGCAACAACAACAAUGGCAUGGUGGUGCCCAAGGGCUACCUUGGUGGCCACUGCCUAAACAACGUGGUCCCUGCAAUCAAAUCAGAGCCCAAGGCCUCCUACGCACCCGGCACUUUACCUGAUUCUCCCCCCGACUCGGGAUCCGAAGCCUAUUCCCCUCAGCAGGUGAACGAUCCUCACCUCCUCCGGACUAUGACCCCCGAAAACAUGUGCCAUGUGACCCCCCCUUCCCGCCUGGAGCACCCUCCUCCUCCUCCGCCCCCGCCGCCGCCACCCCCCCACCUGCAGGGCCCCCCGCCGCCCCCGCACCCCCACGCCCCCCACUUCCCCGCGCUGCAGCGGGACCUCUACCUGAAGCCCGAGCCCCUGAUGCCGCCCUAUGGGGUGCCCCCCAUGGCGCCCGCCGACCUGCACCAUGCCCAGCAGUCGCAGAUGCUGCACCAGCUGCUCCAGCAACACGGGGCAGACCUCCCGGUGCACCCCGCCAAGAAACGGAAACACUCCGAGUCACCCCCCAACACCCUCAACGCCCAGAUGCUCAACGGGCUGAUCAAGCAGGAGCCGGGGAUGGGGUCCGUGCCGCUCAACCCCGACCGAGCCCCAACGCCUCCCUGGCACCAGCCGGGAGCGCUUUCACCAGGCCUGAUUCAAGAUAACGACAGUCUGAACGGCUCCUACUUGGAUCCCAACUACCAGUCGAUCAAGUGGCAGCCGCACCAGCAGAACAAGUGGGCGACUCUGUACGAUGCCAACUACAAAGAGCUCCCCAUGCUCACGUACCGCGUUGACGCUGACAAAGGGUUCAACUUCUCCGUGGGCGACGAUGCCUUUGUGUGCCAGAAGAAGAAUCACUUCCAAGUCACGGUCUACAUCGGCAUGCUUGGAGAUCCCAAGUAUGUGAAGACCCCCGAGGGCCUGAAACCCUUGGAGUGCUUCUACCUGAAGCUGCACGGAGUGAAGCUCGAGGCCUUGAACCAGUCCAUCAACAUCGAGCAGUCGCAGUCCGACCGCAGCAAACGGCCCUUCAACCCCGUCACGGUCAACCUGCCUCCGGAGCAGGUCACCAAGGUCACCGUGGGGCGGCUGCACUUCAGCGAGACCACGGCCAACAACAUGCGCAAGAAAGGCAAACCCAACCCCGACCAGAGGUAUUUCAUGCUGGUGGUGGCCUUGCAGGCACACGCGCAGAACCAGAACUACACGCUGGCAGCCCACAUCUCGGAGCGCAUCAUCGUCAGAGCCUCCAACCCCGGGCAGUUUGAGAGCGACAGCGACGUGCUCUGGCAGCGAGCCCAGCUCCCCGACACCGUGUUCCACCACGGCCGGGUCGGCAUCAACACGGACCGCCCCGACGAAGCCCUGGUGGUCCACGGCAACGUGAAGGUCAUGGGUUCGCUGAUGCACCCGUCGGACCUGCGGGUGAAGGAGGACAUCCAGGAGGUGGACACCACGGAGCAGCUGAAGAGGAUCUCCCGCAUGCGGCUGGUCCACUACAACUACAAGCCGGAGUUUGCGGCCACGGUGGGCAUCGACGGUGCCUCGGAGACGGGCGUCAUCGCCCAGGAGGUGCAGGAGAUCCUCCCCGAAGCCGUGAAGGACACCGGGGACCUGGUGUUUUCCAACGGGAAGACCCUUGAGAACUUUCUGGUGGUGAACAAGGAGCGCAUCUUCAUGGAGAACGUGGGAGCCGUGAAGGAGCUUUGCAAGCUGACUGACAACCUGGAGACCCGCAUCGACGAGCUGGAGAGGUGGAGUCACAAACUGGCCAAGCUCAAGCGGCUGGACAGCAUGAAGUCAACCGUGAGCUCUGGGGCGUUCAGCCAAACUGGGAGCCAGUUCAGCCGCACGGGAAGCGUCCCCCACAAAAAGAGACCCCACAAAGUAGCCAGCAAGUCCCCAUCGGUUGUCCCGGAACAGGCCUGCAUCAGCCAGCGCUUCCUGCAGGGCACCAUCAUCGCCCUGGUCGUCAUCAUGGCGUUCAGUGUGGUGUCCAUGUCCACGCUCUACGUGCUGAGCUUGCGCAGCGAGGAGGAUCUGGUGGAUAUCGAGGGCUCUUUUGCCGUGCCCACCGCCUGUCUCCUGGCCCUCUUUCGGCACAGGGGCCCUGGGGUGCCGGUCGCUCUAUGUCCACGGUCGAGCCAGAAUGUCGAUAAAACGCAGCUGGUGCGAUCCACGGCCGCGUCAGACGGAACCGGUGGCAGGACCCCCACGCACCACGUCCCAGAGGACACACAUGACUUAUCCUUCAUCUUACCCGGUCCCGGCGUGCUCGCCUGCUUCAGCCCCCCGUGUUUCUCCGUCUGCUGCUCCGCUGCUCCCACCAACAUCUCUGUUGUCCCCUCUGAGACCAGUCCCACUCGUGCCACUAACCGGACGGACCAAAGCCAGACCUCCCUCCAGCCGGUGACAAACAUCAAAGCCAAAUCCAGGGGCAUGGCCGGGAAAGCCGCCUCCUACGCCAAGUGGCCCAAGACCCCUGACAGGUCUCAGAGCUUCGGCAGCCCCGCCGCCAGCCCCUCCGCCCCCUUCACCCACCUCCAGGCCAAAGCCAAGUCCGUGUCCCAGCUCUGGCUCCCCCGCAGCAGCUCCGCGCUGGGCCAGCGGCAGCGGCGCAGCCUCCGGCAGCCGGCGAGCGAGCGGCCGCACACCGAGCAGCCCGGCACGGACGGGCCAGUCCCGGUGCUGAGCUCCGUCCGGAUCCUGGAGAUCGACCUGCCCAUCCAGCCCCAGCACUGCGCAGCCGCCGGGACGUGCAGGGCUGGAAACGUCACCUACCGCAUCCCUGUCAGCCAGCUCACGGCCGUGAACACCAACCUGACCCUGGAGAUGAACUCCUCCUCUGCCGUGUCCGUCUCCCUCUGUGGCCUCGUCUCCAGCGACCCGUGCCAGGACAGCGCCAGCACCAACAGCUCCAGCGACGCCGCAGACGCACAGGACUCCACGCACCGCUGGCCCCUGGUCAUGUUGGCUUUCCAGGAGUUCACCUACCACUUCAGAAUCGCGCAGCCGGGCCAAGCCAACUGCAGUUCUGCUCCCGAGCACCUGGGACGCCUUUUCACCGACUAUUAUUUCCAGUUCUACUGGCUCUGUGAGUGAGUCCUGGCAGCACCAGCACCCUCGCACCGGAGAGAGGAACUGGUGACACUGGGGACACUCCCGCCCACCCUCCUCCGCUCGCCCCCGGCUCCCCGUGGGACGUGGAGCCGGUUUGGUCGCAGCCGGUGCCACCAGCACCAAAGCGCACGCAGAACGUAGGACAUAAACCACAAAAAACCACGACCGGCCCCCUUGGACCUCCCGGGGUCACCUCGCAACAUCCCACACCACCCCAAAUAUCCCUCUCUGUCCCUUUACGGGGACGCUUGUGUCCCCUGUCGAUUCUCCCUCCCCGCACGACACUGGAUUUGGAAGCGUCGCACCGGACCGGCUGCGGGCGGUGGCUCCGUCCCGCGCUGGUCCCCGUUGUGCCACGCCAGUUUCUUCACAAACACUGGAAUUUGCUCGACACUGGAGCCCUUUUCCCAGCGCGGAACGCCGGAGUUUGGCCUGGAAAAGGCGCCGCUGUGCCUGGUCCUACUGGAAGUCGUACACUGGAGUUGCUGCUCCUCCUGUUGGCUCCACAGAGCCCCGGGGACCCUGGACUGUCCUCUGGGGACACGAGAAGGUGCAGCUUCAACGUCAGCCCCAUCUGUCCCCUCCUCACUGUUCUCUUCGCUUUCAUCAUCUCCAAUCUGGACGGAUCGACUCCGGAACCCCCCAAACGCCGCUGCGGAGGCCGUGCCACGCGUGGGGACGCUCGGGAGAAAAAUCACCUGCGUUCAUGCCGUGGGACCUGCUUAAUAUUUGGCCGCCUGGUCGGUUCUCAGGUCACUGCGGCCACCUCUGCCCAGAUGUGCGGGAGCGAGGCCACCAGCAGAGCCCAGCUGGGGACACCGAGGUGGCUCCACCACGUCCCCAGCCAUCGGGUCCCCACUGCGGGGACGGCAGCGACCGGACCGUCAUUGUCACUUGCAAAGCAGUUUUGUUGAGUCUAUUUGGGGUAUUUUACUGUUACAAGUUCUUAACUUGCUAAACUACUGAACUGUAUUUGGAUUUUGAUUUUUUAAGCCGUGUAAAUGGGUCUCGUAAUCCCGUCCCUUCUGAGCUGCGCGUGUGGCACAGGAAACCACCGUGGUCACUGAGCUCAGCUGGGCCGUGCCAGACCCGGUUCCAGGUGACAUCAGCGUUUCUGGAGGCUGAGCCUAAACCAGGUCCUGAGGUCUGAGCUGUACUUUUUUGUAACCCAGAGAGAUUCUUCCUCCGGGAACCCUCCUCUCCCUUCUCUGGGGACAGUUUUCUCUCCUGUCACCGCAGCUCAGAACUCGUUGCAGCGAAGCGGCCGCAGCUCGGUGGUUCCCUGUGACACCAACAGGACGCAGCGUCUGUGCUGCCAAAACCGCUUUGUUUUUAGGGCGGUUUCAGGUCAGAUCUUCGUCCCUGACCCCCCCACAUGUACAUCUUGUCCCACUGCGAGGAAAAAAAACACAUCUGGAGGGGGAAGAAUCAAUCCAAUCGCCAGAAACGCACUGCGAGCAGCAGCCGGAGAGGAGAUGGAGCCUCUCGGGUGUCCCUGCGAUGGGGUUCACAAUGCCCCCCGCAAACCAAGUGCCUGAAGGGCAACAGGAAAAGCUUUUAGUGCCUUUUUUCUGCUAAACGGGACUGCGAGGGACCGGUGGGUUCCCCCCAUGUGCCUCAAAACCGGUGGCCAGGUCACUCACGAACAACUCGAGGGCGAAGUCCAGCGUGACCCACGCGCGCUGUUGCGCAGCCGCGGGCUGACGGCAAUCCUCGCCACCAAAAGAGGGGAAAAUGCAGUUUUUAGCAUCUAAUAUCGCGAUAUUGGUCUUUUGUCUUAAAAUGCGUCACAAAACAUACACCAGUUCCAGCAGCCGCUGCGCAGCGAGGAGCUCCGAAGGGUUUUGUCACAACAGAAGAGGCGCAGGAUUGCUUCUGCACCUGCGGGAACAGCCGUUUGCAUCAAUUCCCCCCCAAAAAAAGGUGUUUUGGCCCAAACUGAAGAUGCGUUUCCCCAUCCCCAAUCAGUAACACGAGAAUUAACAAUCAGGCCUCGCCCUGCACGGGACGGAGGGAGCGCUGAGCCGGAGUUUGGGGCAAAUCCGCCCUUUUCGCUGGGAACUCGACGCUUCGUCGUCUCUCUCGACACCCUUGGCAGGAAAGGAGCGCGGAAACGAGGCCAAACUUUGGCUGUUUCGGAGUUUGUUUCAAAAGCAAAUUCGCAAACGUUCUGUCCUACCGCUAGAGCUUAAAGCCUGUAAAUAGAGACUACGCCUCCGCUGCGAGAAUUAAGCAAAAACAACAAGUAAAGCACUAAUUUGUUUGGUUUAAAUGUUGCCGUCACAGCUUUAAUCACUGUAUAUUGCCAGCGAGUUUGUAGUCGCAUUCGUAGCAGGUUAUUAUUGAUCAUCGUUUUUUAUUUGUGGGGAACAAGCGUGGUUUUCCCUCCUUUCUUUUCUGACUUAUAUUUAUAUUUUGCUGAAUUUCGAGUGCUGAAUCUCUAGAUUCCUCACUUUGGGUUGGUUUUGUUUGGCUUAUUUAGACUUUGUUUUAUGCUGGAGGUAAAUAUGCCCGUAUAAAUAAAUAUAUAAAUACUGCUUUGUAUCCAA